AUGGCGCAGACGGACGUGCUCGUGACCCAGGAGCCAGCCCCGCAGACCGUGCACGUGUCCGAGCUGCCGCGCAAGGAGUACGACGUGGCGCGCAACACCGGCGCUUACACGUCGGCGGGCCUGGCCACCGCCGGCUUCCGCACCGCCAAGUACCUGGUGGACGAGUGGUUCCAGAACUGCUAUGCACGCUACCACCAGGCCUUUGCCGACCGCGACCAGUCGGAGCGGCAGCGCCACGUGAGCCAACAGCUGGCGGCCGAGACCGAGGCGCUGGCGCAGCGCACGCAGGAGGACAGCACGCGCAGGGUGGGCGAGCGGCUGCAGGACACCCACGGCUGGAAGUCGGAGCUGCAGCGUGAGAUCGAGGAGCUGCUGGCCGAGACUGACCUGCUGCUGGCACAGAAGCUGCGGCUGGAGCGCGCCCUCGACGCCACGGCGCUGCCCUACUCCAUCGCUACUGACAACCUGCAGUGCCGUGAGCGCCGCCAGCACCCCGACCUCGUGCGCGACUACGUGGAGAUGGAGCUGCUGAAGGAGGCCGAGCUCAUCCGGAACAUUCAGGGGCUCCUGAAAAGGACCAUCAUGCAAGCCGUGAAGCAGAUCCAGCUGAACAGGGAGCACAAAGAGACUUGUGAAAUGGACUGGUCUGACAAGGUUGAGGCUUACAACAUCGACGAGACCUGCUCCCGCUACCACAACCAGAGCACCGAGGUGCAGUUCCACCCGCACUCGGUCCGGCUGGAAGAGAGCGCUUCCACGCCCGAGACGUGGGCCAAGUUCAGCCAGGACAACCUGUACCGCGCCGAGCGCGAGCGCCUGGCCUCAGCCAACCUGCGGCAGCUCAUCGACUGCAUCCUGCGGGACACGUCCGAGGACCUGCGGCUGCAGUGCGAUGCCGUGAACCUGGCCUUCGGGCGUCGCUGCGAGGAGCUGGAGGACGCACGCCACAAGCUGAACGAUCACCUGCGCAAGACUCUGCAGGAGAUCACAGACCAGGAGCACAACGUCGCAACCCUGAAGCAGGCCAUCAAGGACAAGGAGGCGCCCCUGAAGGUGGCUCAGACCUGCCUCUACCAGCGCUCACACCGGCCCAACGUGGAGCUGUGCCGCGACACUGCCCAGUUCAGGCUGGUGAGUGAGGUGGGGGAACUGAACCUGUCCCUCACGGCACUCAAGGAGAAGCUUCUGGAAGCAGAGCAGUCACUGCACAACCUGGAAGACACGCGCAUGAGCCUGGAGAAGGACAUCGCCGUCAAGACCAACAGCCUCUUCAUCGACCGCCAGAAGUGCAUGACCCACCGCGCCCACUACCCCACCGUCCUCCGGCUGGCUGGCUACCAGUGA